AUGUCGACGUCCACUGUGCUGGUGCUUGUGCUCACCACUUAUCUAGCCUUCGCUGAGCAGAAUGUGAAAAAUGCUACUGCUUCCGGGAGCUACGGCUACAAUCAGCAGUACAACGAACCCAGUUAUGAUGGUGGCUACAACAACUAUCCUUCGUACUUUAACGGACCGUAUGGACCAUAUGGAUCAUAUUUCCCAUACGGAUCUACUGGGCCGUAUGGACCCUACAUGCCAUACGGACCACCUGGGCCAGAUCCAAACGUACUCAAAAAUAAUUAUGUCUGCAGCGUUGAUGUAGCCUAUGGUGUUUACUCUGCUAAUUCUCGAAGUAGAGGUGGGAAUUUUCAGCUAUCAAACGAGAUAGGCCGAGCUUCACUGAAGGGAUGGACACUGAAAUUCAACCAAGCACUCUUCUCUUCCCUUCAAAGCGAUCGACAAAGUCCACAAAGCUACUCAAGUAACAGCACAGCAUCACAAUGUAAGGGGCACCAUGGGAUGGGAUUCGCGUUGCCCGAAGGACAAAGCAGAAGGGUUAACGAAGGAGGAGUUGGGGGAAAUCAGUUAGAGGAAGAAGUGACAUCUCUUUUCUCUAACUUUGGGUUGUAG